AUGUUGCAGAAUCCUUCCAAAUAUCACGCAAAUCCCUUGUCGCACUUCCUGGCAUUGCAUAACACACAAGCCAACAGUGGACAGGGACAGGGCCAGGGACAUGGACAUGGACAGUUGCAACCGCAUCAUACACUGCCAACGGCGGCGUUGGCUGCAGCAGCGGCGGCUGCUGCAGUGACGGCAGCGGGUCAAAGUUCGUAUCAAAUGGAGCUGCAGUCGCACCAACAGCAGCAGCAGCAGCAGCAGCAACAACACCAGCAGCAGCAACUUCCCAUUGGCCUCCCAACACCCACACAGGCACAGUCACACACACACACACACAACCACCACAGGGAGCAGCUGGCGUCUGCGACGUCGCACGCGCAGCUCAUUGAGGCGGCCGCGGCGCAUACCUCCCUCGAUGUGGGCAAGUCGUUUACAAUAGCCGCCAUUUUGGGUCUGCAACAGCAGAGCAAGGAGUAUAAUAAUGCCAUUAAUCUGUCGCUCAAUGGCGGCACGUCAGCUGCGGGCACCGGUGGAGGCGCUGCUGCUGCUGCUGCUGAGGACGCUCUCGACCAGGAUAACAAUAACAGCAAAUGCUACAAUAGCAACAGUACCAACAACAACAACAGCAUCAACAGCUACGGCACGAGCAACAACAACAAUAACGGCCAAGGUGUAAAUAACUUCAAUUGUGAUAGCAGCGGCAGUCGCUACCUGCCCACAGUGCAACAUACUCUUCAGCAUCCUCACACCCAUUCACACUCCCAGCAGCGGGCAAAUUUUGCUGCUGCCGCUGUUGUCGCCGCCGCCGUCAGUGGAGCGCCCUCCGCACUGCAGAGCCUACAACAACUCCAUCAGCAUCACGCACAGCAGGCGUCGCUCAGUUUUCAACGCGACAAGCUUAAGUCGGACUCGCAGAAGAAGAGUGGACUGAAGAAUAAGCGCGUGCGAACUAUUUUUACGCCAGAGCAGUUAGAGUGCUUGGAGGCGGAGUUCGAGCGCCAGCAGUACAUGGUCGGACCGGAGCGUCUGUAUCUGGCACACACGCUCAAACUGACGGAAGCUCAGGUGAAAGUGUGGUUUCAAAACCGUCGGAUUAAGUGGCGCAAACAUCACUUGGAGCUGACCCAGCAGCGAUUGGCACUGAUUAGACAAACUCAAUUGCCUGGUGGAGCAGCAACAGCAGUGGCAGCUUCAACGACGACGGCGGCUUCCGUGGAGCUGCCAUUGAACGCAGGCUGUAGCACAGCCUCACCUAGCCUGCUAGAGGACGAUAAUGAGGAUAGCAAGCAAUCGCUGUCUCUGCCGCUACGUCCAUUGAGUCGAGCAGCCUCCGAAUCUGAUUUAUCCAUAUGUAAUGAUUCCCUAGACCUAGACGGCGAUAGCCUUAUGGAUGGCAGUGAGGAGGCAUAA